UAUUUUGGGCGCUACGUGUGUUUCAUAUAGAGUGUGCAACUCUCUGUGUGUAUGCUGUGUAUGUGCAUGUGUUUUGUCAUUACCGGCACCCACAAGUUCAUUUUCGUUAAUUAAUUGGGGAUUUCGUGUCUUCGGAUCCAUGGCUGAUAACGAUUUACCAGAGGGAUGGGAAGUACACCACAGUAAAAGCCAAGGGGGUCGUAAAUAUUACCUCAAUAUCUACACCAAGGCAAGUCAGUGGGACAAACCAAUGGCUGCCGCUGUCAACGCAGUCUGUUGCUCACAUCUCCUAGUGAAACAUAAAGACUCGAGACGUCCAUCAUCAUGGAAAGAAGAAACCAUCACACGGACUAAAGAAGAAGCCAUCCAGAUGCUGAAAGGUUUCCGGGAAUCCAUUGUAAGUGAGGAAGUAAGCUUUGCCGAACUUGCCUCAAAAGAGAGCGAUUGUAGCUCUGCUAGGAAGGGUGGUGAUCUGGGCUUCUUUGGUCCAGGUCAGAUGCAGAAACCAUUUGAGGAGGCAUCCUUCAAACUCCAAGUUGGGGAGAUGAGUGAUAUCGUCAGCACUGAUUCCGGAGUUCACAUCAUCAUCAGGACUCAGUGAAAAAAAGGUUGCUCAAUUUAAAAGGUCAAAGAUGGCAGAUAUUUAGGUAACUAAUUUUGAGAGUUGCCUUGCUACGAUGCGAUCGUUAUAUCCACACAAAAAAAGCAGGAAUCUUCAUGGAUUUGUGUUCUAGAUUGUGCAAGCAGAAUUUUUUCUUAAAAAGUGCUGUUGUUAUAUUUUGCUCAAUGUUCAAAAUGCAUUCCCAUUUGAUGGCAGCAUUUAAAAAAACAAUAUAAAAAAAAUAGUUGCAUUGACUGGCACUUAUAAACUUGGUAAUUUUGAGAAUAUUUUUCAGUCAAGAAACACCUGAAGUUUUGAAUUUCAGAAUUUGUUAGGGGUUGGUUGUACAAUAGUUUAGGAUUAUCAAAAUGUAAUUGUCCGACGCAUUGUAAACCCAACCAACACCAAGGGGGAAGGAUUGAGCAAAUCUUGAAUGUGGGGCCUGCCCCUCCCCCCACCCCCACCCCACCCACACCUCCAAAAGGGGGAUCAAAAGGGGACGUUAGUGGACUUCAUUAUCCAGACGUUUUGAAUUAGUGCCAUUAAACGCUACAAAUAAGAAAGGGUUCUUUUUAUUGGUAUACUUUUAGAAGACACCAUGUACAAUACUUCAUUACGACAUCAAGUUAUUCAUAGUACUUGAACAGAAAAAAAAUUAAUAAUUUAAUCACAAAAGUAGUUAAUAGUUGUAACGUGUAAGACAUUUGUCACAUUUCAAAACAAAAUUAUAUAUGUGUUGAAUCAUUGUCAAUGUUUAAAUGCACUUCAUGGAUGAAUACGCCAUUCUUGAGCACCUAGUUCAAUUUUGAAAUCAUUUGAAAAGUAAGAUUUUCUAGAAAGACAACUUCAGCAGGGCAGUGUUUUAGACAGAAUCAUGUUCUGACAGAAAAAAAAGUAUCUCUGCUUGAAUUUAUAUUAAUUAAAAGCGUAAACGUAGCCUCAAAUGUGUUCAUCUCUAUGCUGAUUUGUUAGAAAAGUCAAUGUUACUAUACGUGAAUGUGAUACAUGUUGGGAACUAGGAAAUGUUGUGAGUGUAAUAAACACAUUAAAGAUACCUUUAA